AUGGAAAUAGAAGUGAUGUACUCAAAGUACGACGAGUUCAAAGAGCUCAUGGCCCUUUGGAAGUCCAUGUCACGGGGAAUGGAGGUAGAACCAGACUACAAGAGAUUCGAUGAGUUGAUGAACUUUUGGAAGUCCAUGCCACUGGCUAUGCAUGUGUCAUGGCACGAAGCUCUUGAAACCGCAAGCGCUCUACCUGAAGGAAAACGCUCGCUAUCUAAACUGCGACGCCUGGUUACCAAAGCCCGCAAUGAUGCAACAAUCGACCUUUGCGACUUGGAAUUGAAACUACAACUAGGGAGCUCGAGAGUGUGGGAUAAGUGGAUUGAAGAGAAGGACCUUGAUCACAAGAUCCCGGCGAUCUUUGGACGGCUGCUGGGUAUGAAAGAACCAGACAAGUUGAUGGACAACGUCUGGCAGAGUUACUUCAUCCCUCUAGCCGCCACACGGCAAAUGGCGUCAGUUUGCGAAGUGGUCAAUGACAUUUUGCAACUGAUGCAUGUGGGACGGCAUUUCCUGGGAUACGGCGACGUACAGGAGUCAGUGGAUACUCAAUUCGAGAGUUUCAAGUCCUGUCUGCGGAUGAAUCUUUUUCGAGCCUGGCGCCACAAGUUGAAACUGGAGUUCCCUGAAUUGCUGGACAAGCAUCUCACUGAUGAAAUGCGUGCCGCAUUGGGCGAGGAGUUUUGUGAUUGGGUAGAGGAGCAGGACAAUUGGCUGUGGAGCGAGGAGGUGUGA